GAUUCCAAUGUGUGUACGGAACCGAUUUCCCUACCGUAAAAUACCGAUGCCCCGCCUGCUCAGCUUUCACCAAUAACUAACUGACAAACCCAAGAAGGCGUCUAAAAGUACACAACCAUUCCAUUCACAAACAAGAAAUCUAUAUUGUAAAUAAAAAAAAAAUAUGGAAGCCCUCGAUCUUCUCUUCUCCAUCACUUCAACUUUCUUCACUUCUCUCGCCCUCUCUCUCCUCCUCGUCUUCCGCACUCUCUUCACGCGCCGCCCCUCCUCCACCAUUCCCUCUAAUGCCGUCUCCCUUUACCAAGGCACUGUCUGGCACGAACGUCGCCGCCCUGUCCACCACUCUUUCCGCUACUCGGUGCGCUACGCUUUGUUUGACCUCGACCACGCACGCGCACCUCUUGACCACCUUUCCGCCGAUGAAGCUCGCCAAGUCGCUCAGACCACCGGACCAGUUUUUCUGCUGACAAUACCUCCAAGUGUGGGAUAUGAACAAAAUCCACUGAGUUUGUAUUAUUGCUAUGACAUGGAUGGGUCUGCUCGAAUUCUCAAGAAAUGCAUUGCGGAGGUAACAAAUACUCCAUGGGGUGAAAGAGUUGUUUUCAUUUUUGAUCCAAACUCAGAUGUAGUGGCAAAACCAUUACAUGUCAGCCCUUUUAUGGAUAUGCAGGGGAAUUGGAAUAUCAAAGCAAAUGAUCCCACGGACAGUUUAUCUGUGUUUAUUUCAGUUCAGCACCCUGAGCUUGGUGACUACUUUGUGGCCUCAUUGAAAGCCAAAAGACUCUCCUCAGUGUCUGAUCAUGCUAUGUUCUUCUGGCUUAUGCCACAUAAAGUUGCAUUAUGGAUAUAUUGGCAUGCCUUAAAACUGUGGUGGAAAAAUGUUCAUUUCAUCCAACAUCCAAGAUACACUAACCCUACAUAUAGGCAGGAAGCUAUGAUCCGUGAUAAAAAACUUCAAUGUAAUCAGGCACUUGCAUGGGACAGAGGCAACUGUUUGCAAGUUGAUGGACAUCAUCCAGGAAAUUUGGCUGAUAGAAAACGUUGGUUCAAGUGGAGAGAUGCCAAAAGGCCAUGGUGUUGAAUUCUAGGGCAUGGAUUUUAACAUGAGAGACGCGGUCAAUGUUUGCUUUCGGGGAUCGAUAGCAGCCCAUUAAAUCAGUAGUCACCCCUCGAGGCACAUAUAUCGAUACCUACUCUUCUGACUCCACAACAGGGUGUCUUUCAGUCUUUUUGCUGUGGAAUGAAAGAAUGGUGGUUGAUUUGGAUGUGUAUUGCGCUUCUUCUUCUUCUUCUUCUUCUUCUUCUGGUUGUUGGGUUCCAGUAAUAAUAUCGAUCUUCAUUAGUGUUGGUUGAUUUGCAUGUAACCUAUGAGUUGCAAAACCUUCAAUGUUGGGAUCUCUUGUUGUUAUAUCCAAGUCUUGUUGUUAUUUUAA